AUGGAGAAGUCCAAUGAUGACAACGGUGCUCCCGCAUUCAACUCCUCCUCCGCAUCCCUCUUUGUAGAUGUCGCCUUCAUCUUCACCGUGCUCAUGCAGUUCAUCUUCUCCGAGCGCACAACCUCCGUCUGCAUGUGGAGUGCUACUGCCAUGUACUUCCCGGUGAGGCCCUCUCAACUGCGAUCAUCUGCCGCUGCACUCAGGGCUGCUUCAGUGUAG